UUUCAAAGCCGCAGAGCUUUUUCAAUCUUCCCCCACACUCAGCCCGGAGUCGCCAUCUUCUCCCUUUUCCUCCAAUGAUUUAAUGCUGAGCAGAGCCGGAGAGGGAAGAGACGCCGGGGAGCAGCGCAGGGUGGCCGGGUGACAGAGCAGCAGAAGGUGGGUGGUCAUUCAUAGCCCGGGAGGGAAGGUGUGAACGCUACAGAAGUCCGGAGUGAAGAUUCCAACACGGACCAGCUGGCCAGCAACUGCAACCAUUGGGAUAUAUCAGGAAGAACUUUGCUUUCUCACCAUUGCACGCGUUAAUCUGCCUCGUGAAGGACAAGUGGAUUUUCCCACAUUGGGAUAGAGAGCCUGGAUUCUGUGUCACUGAGGGACCAUUUAAGCGGUGGACUGUAAAUCAUGAGUGAAUUCUGGUUGUGUUUCAAUUGCUGUAUUGCAGAACAGCCUCAACCGAAAAGGCGACGGCGGAUUGACCGAAGCAUGAUAGGAGAGCCGACAAACUUUGUCCACACGGCCCAUGUAGGAUCAGGAGAUGUCUUCAAUAGUGGAAUGAACUCCGUGAGCUCAAUUCAGAACCAAAUGCAGUCCAAGGGCGGGUAUGCAGGUCCUCCCAUGCCAGUGAACGUUCAGAUGCAGCUUGUGGACACCAAAGCUGGAUAACAUUUAAAAUAAAGCCUGUGAUUCCUCCAAGUUCAUGUAUUUCUUCCUCUCGUUCCCCCUUUUCACUAUGGUGACUGCUUCUCUGAGUUCUUCAUGAUGAGAAAGGCAUUACAACAACCCAUUACCUGUUCCUGUGGCAAUUCUUUGGCUGGAGUCUCUCCUGUUCUGCUCUGAAGAUAUCAUUAAUAGGACUGCUCCGUCUCAAGGCAGUGAUUUGAAAGGAUUUGACCUUUGCCGAAGUCAUGGACAUAGCUUCUCAUAUUUUUUUUAAAAGAUGCAAAUAGAAUUUUAGCAUUUUCUUCUCUUCAAGGUCCACAAGUGCCAGAGCAAACCAUUACCGUGUAUAUUUCAAUUUGCCCAUCCUUCUAUAACUGUGCAGCAUUUUUUCUUUCAUUUUUGAUGCUUUUUAUUUGCAUUUGUUUUCAGUGUUAGUUUGUACUUAAGGAUGUCUAAAGGUCUGGAACCUGAAAGCACAAUUACAUUAUCACACUCCCUCUUAAUAAGUCAGCAUGGUAAAUGACUGCAUGUGAUGUAGCUCAGCCAAUGGCAAAGUGUUUGUUGCAGCGGAAUGAUGAUACUAAUGCUGACAAGUUUCUAACCAGCAUGUCAGUUUUGCCAGAUGCCUGCCUCCUUAUCCCUGAGCCUACCUGCCUGCAUACUUUUUACAUUUUUUUUUCUGUUUAUGAAGCCCCUCUUGAAAAUAACGGAAUACAGUAACUGGCAUUUUUUUGUAUAAUGGCCUGUGGUAAAUGUGCAAUUCAGCAUACUCCUGUAUUUUAUAUGAACAGAUUAAAGAAAAAUGCAUUUGACCAUGAGCAGGUAACCAGUACAAUUGCAGCUGUGAUGCAGUAAAUGUGCUCCAUGUGUCAACCUUUUGUUGCAUAGCAACGACUGUUUUUUUAAAAAAAUGCCUGGAUCCUGAAUUCACAAACUGGCUAACAACAGGAGUGUAGUCCUUAUCAAUUGCUGUACAGUUUUUUAGACUUUUCUCUGCAGCUCUUUGGGUGAAUAAAUCAAACUUUUAAAAGAAAUACUUUCCUCAGUUGGGUGUGGGAGGGGUGGGUGUGUGGGAGGGUUAGGGGGGAGCAGGGGUCAGUGGAAUUCUACAAGUUGCUAUAGGCAAUGUUGGGAGCUGUCUGAACAAACACCAGAGAAAAUUCUGUUCAACAGGGUGGCUUUCACUCUCCAGUGAAAGAAAGCAAAUACCUUGCUCAGGUUUAUAAGGGCAUAUUUUUUUCCCUCCCAUUCCACUCACAUGUGAUGUACUAAUAUUGCACUGUUUCAUAAUAAAUGUAAAUUGUGCAUGGUUUAAUGGUUUAAAAAACAAGGAGCUGAAUCAAGAUUAUCUUUUCAGUAGGCAAAAACAUUGGCUUAACUCAAGAACGUACUCUGUGAAAUGUGACUUAAGUGAUAUUUUAAGUAGUUUUAGAGCUUGUAUUUUAGUGCACAGUCUUUGGAACCCAGAAUAAUUUGCUAGGUACUGAAUUGCAAGAAUCUAUGCUAUGAAUGUGUGAGGAUAGGGAAAUGCUAUUACAUGGAGCAGUGCAGUACAAAUUGUGACGGAAUGUCUGACAUCAAGAUAUAAAGUAUUUUUGAAAUAUGAGUGAGUAGGUUAAUAAUUAAAUGAAUGAAUUAGCUGGAUAUUGUGGCCUGCUAGCCUUUGGGUUAUGUUGUUAUGAAUGAUCUGAAUGCAUCCCAGUGCUGGUCCUCUUAAGCUCUCUGUGGUAAAUGUUAUAUAAAGGGGUGUGUAAAUUGUCAUCACUUAGUGCUGCCAUAGCAAGCCAUUAAUUGAAAUAUAAUUUAUCAUUCACAUGCAGGCAAUAAUUUUGCCGAAUAAGAAUUGAAAGGUUGUUUUAGCCUAUUUUUAUAAUGCAUACAAUUUUGUACAUGUUCGUUGUUCCUCAGUGAAAUUGGUUUAGUCCACAAUGGCUUAUAGUUUCAAAAGUGACAUCAGAUUAAAAUAAAGAUUGUCAUUUGC